UGAUAUCAGUCUAUGAUGAAUACCAACUUUAAAUCUGGAGAGUUUCUUUGUUUUACUCUUAGGUCUAAUACUCUUAGUAGCUUGCGGAUGUUUAUCACUUUUUGUUUUGAAGUGAUAAUACUAAUUUUAUUCAAGCAUAUUUAGGUGUAUCUUAGUCACCUCAAUUAAUAACGUUCAAUCAAAUUGUAUCUUCUUUUUACAGAUUCACAGGAAUGCUGCGUUACUCAUGCAUGAGCAAUGGAUCCAAUAGAAAAUAUUUAUUUCCAUUUCAUAAAUUCUAUUUUUCAACUUUAUCAUCAUCAUCAUCAUCAUUAAAAACUGAUGAGAUGAAUUCACUUGAUAUUGAUCCACCAUUGAAACGUUACAGAAAUUCUACAUCUAUUAUACGUGCAUUAAUUUCAUGUGUACAACAUUCUCCAGAUGCUCCAAAUUAUCGAUUAGGCCCAGAAUUCACUCUUUUGUCAGCCACUAGAACAUGUAAUCAUUGGUUAGCAAAAGCAAAAGGUCGUUUAGCUGCAAGAGUCGCUGCUAGAGAUUUUUUUCCAAAUGAUAUUGUAACUUUAAGCAAAGAAAUUCCACGCAUAGAUCGUUGGAUACCUAUACAAACUCCAGAAGAUGUAAUUAAACGUGCUGUCGACGGAUCGUUGAGUAAUGAUGAAGCUAUGGAUCGAUUAAUUUUACUUCUUGCUCCCAACCAUGCAUGGCAACUUUACAAUGAAAUAGCUACUGAACAUAAAUGGUCAAGUGAAACUUUACAUGGUUUACUGGAUCUCCUCUGUGCUACUAAUGGAGGUCGAAGUGGAUUUUUUAACUAUUAUUCAUCAGGCAAAUAUAAUUGGAGUUAUCUACCUGAUCCUGAUGAAAUCUAUUUUCUUAAGAAAUCUGUUCUAUGCAAAGAUGGUAAAAAGACAAUACAAAGUUUAAAUGAAGUAAAUAGCAUUCAUGAAGAUAAUUUGGAUGGUAUCACAAAGAAUAGUGUGUCUAAAUUAGGACGUUGGUUAUGGACUAUGCAAACAACUGCAGAAUUAUUAUUUCACAAAGAACACAAUAUUUUGAACACAUCACAAGCAUAUCGAAGUAUGAUUCGCGGAGCGGCUAAAUUUGAAAAUGCUGAUCGUGCUCUAGAAUUAACUAAACUUGCAUGGUCAUCAAAACAUGGUGAUAAAUGUCUUGAUCUUGAAACUUACAAUCUACUUAUUCGUUCUCUUCACUAUUUAACAACUGUUAAAACAGGUGAAGAAAAUGUUUGGGAUGUGAUAUUGAAUAUUAUAGAACAUGUUAAAACGUGUGGAGAGCCAAUAAAUAUUUCAAUUUUUACGAGUAUUCUUUAUGCACUAACACAAACAACUAUAAUCUUAAAAUCAUCAUCGUCCUCCUGGUUACAAAGCCAAAAUUAUAUUCCAAUCGGUUUAGGCCUAUUGAAUGAAUUAAAACGAUUAAAUUUCAAACCAGAACUUGGUACACUAGCAAAUUUAUUUCAAUUAAUUUAUGAAACUCCUAUUCCUGUGAACCAAUCGUUGACUGUAAGCAACGGAAGUAAAUGGAAUAAUCGUAAAGACAAACGCACACCAUAUUCAGCUUACAAGUGUUCUCAAUUGUUGAAUAAAUAUUUAGAUGAGAUAGAGGUAUAUUUUAAUGAUAAGGCUAUCUCAGGAACAGAAUCUGGUGGUUCACCUAAACGUUUCGAUGCUUGGACUACUGAUGAUUAUGUAUUUUUUGUCGUUGCAAUGAAGUGUGCACUGAAUGAAUCAAAUAUUGAAUUAGGUAAAAAGAUUCAUUGUUUAUUAACUCAACACGAGGACAGAACUUUCCUGUUACCCAAUUUUAAAAUUAGACGAUAUUAUGAACAUGCUUAUUGCAAAUUAAUGCUUUAUUCUCAUUUUAAAAGUAGUUAUGACCAGCAAAUUGAAAUUUAUCAUAAUACUUAUCGUCAGUGUUUCAAUAAUAUCCUAAUAUCAAAAGUAUUAACUGAAUUGUUAGUAAAAGGCUAUAAAAAAUUACUAAAUAUACCCAGUGAUAAUGGGAACAGUAUUCUUUUGGAUAAGAAAUAUUCACAAUUACCAAAUCCAAUGCAAAGUAUUAAUACAAUCAAAGUAAACGCAUACAAUCAUCUGUGUAGACUACUCAGUGAUAUGUUGAACAUUGAAAUCGCUUUUUAUUUACAAAGAUCUAUAGAUCCUAUUAUAUAUUUAACAAAUAUGUUAUGUGAUUACUCUACAGUUAGUCCUAAGGAUGCAUUACAACUAUCUAUGAAAAUUAUAGAUACACUUCAGAAAUCAGAUAGACAUUUUAUGAAGUCAGAGAUGAACAAUACCACCAAUACUGUUCAAUAUGAUGGAAUAGAAGAAGAACGGUCCACUUUAAUUGUUAAAAACUAUCAACAACUUGUAGAAUUUAUGAUAAAUAAUGGUACAAAAUUAUGCUUCCCAAUUCGUAAUGAAUUAUCUAUUAAAUACAAUAGUAAUGAUCAAACAAUUCGUGAAGACUAUAUAAUUUGGAAGACAAGAUUAACAGAUACACUGUAUAAAUGGUUUAAUUACUCUGAAACACACAAUAUGAUCACAUGGAAAUGGGCAGUGAUGGGAUUAUCAGUUUUAUGGAAACAAGAUGAAUAUAUUCAAGUGAAUUUUCUGUGGAAUGUUAUCGAACAUUUAAUGAAACAAAAUGCUACAAUUGAAUGUUGCACUGUAGAAGAAAGAAACUCAUUAAAAGAAAUUCUCGACACAUUAGAAAAUUCUAUUUCGAGAAGGUUACAUCAAGAUAUUGGAUCUGCUGAACGAAUGAAGUGGAUAAUGUUCAUGAGAACAACAAUCAGUAAGAUGAACGCUAACACACGAUUGUCUACUUGA